UACACACACGCCGCUUUACAGGGCGAUCCUCACUCGCCACUUCGCAGCGGACGCGCCAGCUCCGGGGCUGACUGAUCAGAAUAGCGGAGCUCGGAUAAGAUCCCGGACGGAGUACGGGGGCUGUACCGUAAGACUUUCUGACUUCACAGGGAGCAUCGUGAAUAAGACAAAGAUCUGACACGGGUCACCCCAUCAGCGGCGGUCAGGACGUCAGGCAGUCCCGAGACAGCCGACAAGGGCAAAUAUUUGAGUCAAUUACACCUCCCUUUCCGGGGCCACCAUCACAAAAGGAAGAUCAAGGGGGAGGUGGAGCUCUUGAAGGGAGAGGGACAAGGCCAGGGAAAAAUAGCGGCCCCUUCCCAGUGAACUCUGGAGGCUAUUUCUGGUGCUUCGUGGGCAAACUGGCUACUCAUUUAGGGAAACUUGGAUGUUGGAAAAAGGAUUUACCAGUUGCCUACCCAUUCAUCCCCGGGUCUGUGUAAGUGCUGGAUAUAGAUAUCAAUUUGUACGGCUCCCAAUCUGACCGACAAGGACGCUAACUUUAGCGAAGCUGAGAGUGAGCUCUGCUAUUGCGGCUCCUGGAAUUGGUACCCUUCUCCGGGACCGACUUCCGACACCACGGGGUCCUCUGUUUGUAGCUCUGUUUCUCUAACUGGGCUCUUGGAGUAAAAUUCAUGUCCAUCUCCAGAGCCACAUAUCGUUAGCCUGUUGCUCUCUGGCAAAGUGUGUGAGGGUGUGCCGGCCCACAUCAGAGUCACGCCCUCAGUGCCACCAGGCAGCCGUUUGCUGCCCCAGCUGCUUUGAUGUCCUUUACCAGCAGGGCGGCGCACCAUGAAGCCUCUGACGCCAAUCGGCUCCCCGUCCCCCCUGAGGCUCCUGAACAAGGGUCCCGAAUACCUGCGUAGGCAGAUGGAUGGCGGGGGCAGGGGCCCUGCACUCAGUGCCGUGGAGCGACUGGAGGCUGACAAGGCCAAAUAUGUGAAGAGCCAGCAGGUCAUCAACACCAAGCAGGAGCCAGUGCUGGCACCCUGUGCCACCCCUCCCCCCGUGCCUCGGCGUCCCCUUGCUGUGUCUGGCGCCUCCACACCUCGCCCCAGCUCCCGCCGUACACCAGACUCUCCGUAUUUAGUCCUGGGCUCCCUCGUCAUUCGACAUGAGGACGAGGAGGACGCCAAAAAGGAGAACUGGCGCAAUGCUGGUGUGGAGGAGCGAAACUGGAGCAACACUGGGCGGGCAUCCCCGGGGCCCAUCGUCCUCAUCUCCCCUCUGGUGGCCCCUCACAGCGCCCCGCUGCUGCGGCGCAGUACCGGCAAGCGUAUGCUGCGGCCCGACUCGCUCGUCAUCUAUCGGCAGAAGAAGGAGUGCAAAAACACCAGUGGCAGUGGCAGCAGAGUCGAGGCUAAGACCUAUAGCUUCGUGCGGCGGCUCUUUCAGGGGUCCAUGCGGGAUCGGGGCAGGCCCCCGAAAAUGACCAUCAGCGAGGAGAGGGCGCAGGACGAAGAGUCCCGCAUGUCCUGGACAGACCAACGGGAUGCGUCACAGGAGACCAAGAACUCGAUCAAGAUGGACCAUGGCUCUAUGUCGACCCCCAACAGCCCUCGUUCACCUGAGAGGAUGCAGCACAGUGCGCCACAGGACCCCAGCGACCCCUGGAGGCUGGCUGUGCCUCAGGAGACAGUCGGGCUGCGGCGGACCAAAUCGGACCUCCGCCUACGCUGUUCACUGGCACUGUCUGACAAGGAGCGCUUCUUUGACUACUGUGGGCUGGACUUGGAACUGGUGCAGAGGCUGGGCCCCGAAAACUUCCCAUCAGGCAGCAGCUCCGUGGACACGCUGUCCCUGGUGCUGCGCAGCGUCAGCGGCGGUGGCGGACCUGGCUCAGAGGCCAGCGAGUUCUCCCGGCACUCGGGGGAGGGGCUCGCCGAGGAGGAGCUGACAGAGCAGUUGCCGUCGGUCGUGUCCAUCAUCGAGAGGAACGCCCGCGUCAUCAAGUGGCUCUACGGUUGCAGGAACGCUGUCCAGCAGGGGCCCAAAGAGUCCACUGUAUAGCCAAAUGCCUCUGCGGAUUGGCAUCGCGUACUGUAAAUUCUGGGGUGUGCCCCCGGUUUGGGAUAUCAGGAAUCUCGGCAGUCCGAGAACAUCCGGCUGGUGACAGUGUCCUCCCUCAUCUUUUGACAGAGGCCAGUAACGACAAGGCACAUAAAUUCCAGAAGGGAAACUCGCAAUAACGCCAACUGUGUUAUUUACCAGUUGGUGGCUCUGCUGUUUUGGGUGACGCAAGCAUCCCUCAGCAGCAGACAGAUCGGCCCUGGCCUCCACCGUGCUGGAUCUCUCUCUUCUUGUGUAACGUGGCCAAGAGACUACCUUCAGGCCAGUUAGAGUCCUGAGCUGUUUGGUGGGGGGAGAGGAGGGCAGAGGGGGGAGGGGAAGAUUGGCGAAUUGAAAAACAGGUUUAUCUCUGCGCUGUAAACAUUCACAGGGGACAGGGAGGCAUCUGAGUGCGAGGGGAGUUGAAAACCCCAUGGGUUAUUUUAACAUACUGCCUCUUUGGCAUUUCUCAUGAGUCUGGUAAUGUGUGUGUGUGUGUGAGUGUGUGUGUGUGUGUCUGAAAUGCAUUGGCACCCCCAUCCUGCCUAGAUGCCCCCUGCCUCAUAAUCUGGGCUUCCUGGAAUAAGCUUCAGGCCCUACAUUGGUUAAGCUGUUAUGGAAGAUGGAUGGAGAUAGCGUGAACAAGUGGAUGGAGGCUGGGUCUCCUUGUCCGGAGUUUGUGUCCUAUUCUUCAUGUAUUUCUCGUCAGUCUGAGCAAUGCAAGGUUGUCUUAUAAAUACAGUCAUGAAACACAGCACACGAGUCCUUAGAUCCAUUAACAGGUGACUGGCAGUAUUGUACCGAAAUCAGAAUCACAUGAGCAUCUGGAAUGUGUCAUUAUUACCGUCAUGGGGUACAGCUGCCAGCUUCUCGCCUGCUGUGUUAGGUCACUCCCUCAAGGUCCCUUCAGGACUUUCCCCUUUGGCCAUCGUUCUGGGUGGGACCGAAGGCACGUAGUACACAGGGACACGGAGAAGGCUCACGACCUUCAUCAGACAUGCUUUUAGGGAUCACUUCUUCUGCAGCAUGUUGCAGCUUCAUGAAAACCAAGCCAGAAGUGUUUAGUGAUAUUUCUGAGAAAUGUUGUUAUGCAUGUUUACACCCACGGGUCUGUAUAUAUUUGGUUUAUUUCUGAGAGCUUUAUUCUCACAGGAAACCAAAUCACAAUAAAGCAGUUUUUUUUCUGACUGUGAA